AAUAGUUCAGAAGAUUUAUUUUGUAAGAAUGUAGUCCAAAGUGAGUCUGGUUCACAGAAUAGUCCAGAAGGUUUAUUGUCUAAGAAUGUAUUCCAAGGUGAGUCAAAUUCCCUUGCGGUCAAAGAUGAGCAGGCCUUUCAUUCACAAAAUGGUAUCCAAGCAUCUGAGGGGGACCCUUUAAGAUGCUAUCCUUCAUCCUAUUCAGGGCCUUCAGAUGCCAGGCCUGGGAUGGAGUCAGAACUCAUUUUUGAGUCACCAGGAAAUUUUUGUCUCGCAUUCGAUCAUGGGAAACUAGAAACUCCGCUUCAGAUCGAUUCUCCUGGACAUAACUGCUCUUUGAGUCCUGCAGACUGGUUACAGGUGCCAUUUUCAGAAUGUGAAACCUACUCUAGGGAGAGGAUUGGAGGUUCUUUGAAUGCUCUGGCACAUAGCAGCAUUAAAUUUUCUGCAGGCGAUGGUAACCACAUUCCUGAUUGUACUUCACAUCUCAUGAUGGUGGACAAGUUGGGUUUGAACUUCUCAGAGUUUAGUUCUAAUAGCAUAACGGAAUUUGGAGAACCAGAAAGAAAUCUAGGUACAUUUCCUGUGGAGGUCUCCUUCUUGGACAACAUAUCUUUGCCAAUUGAACUUCAUACUGAACUCAACAGCAGUCAGGUUUCUAACAAAAUAAGUCAAGUUAGUUAUCAUUGUACGAAUACACCCUUGUGUACAGACUCAAGGACUGGUGUUAAUAAUGUUGCUACUUUAGCUGAUACCUCAAGGCAAUUCAGACCUGAUUCUCUUAAUCUUCCAUUUAUAUUGAGCACUGGAAAGAAGACAAGUCACAUAAAGAAUGAACCAGAGGAGCACAGGCUUCCAAUCCUUAAUAUGUGCCAAAGUAGUGAGGUAAAUUCGGGAACACAGGAAGUGGCAACCAAUGUUUCUGUUUCAACAGUACCAUUGAUGGAUUUGGCUGGUAUAAAUAGCUGCCAUGUUAAAUGUGAAGUUAGCACGUAUUCUUUGCCAGUUGUUGGGCAUCCUUCUUCUAAUGCUAAUAAUGGAGCAUUUUUGGAGAAUUCUUCAAGGCAAUCCCUGCCUCAUAUUCAGCCAUUCAUUUCAAGUAAGAAGAAAGAGGUUCAUGUAAAGGAUGAAAAGGAUGAUGAGGUACCAGUAUCUAAGACCAUGGGCCAUUCGGCAGGAGUAACUGAUGUUGCUGCUAGUGGAUAUCAUCCUUCCCCAGUUAGUAUAGAUUCUGCCACUAGAAUUGACAGUGGACCUUUUUUUGGUGAUGCCCCAAUGGAAUUGUUUGUUUCUGGCAGUCCAUUGUUAUUUUCAAAUAAGAAUCAAACAGUAUGCAUAAAGGAAGAAAGAAAUGCUAAAGCACUUUUAUCUGGGAUCUCGAGUUGUCAUUCUCUAAAACUCAGCAGCGUAGCUAUUCAUAAUUAUACCCCUGGGCGCAGGAUGCAUCUCGAUGAUGAUGAUGAUGGUGACGAAGACGCUGAUAUAUGCAUACUUGAAGACAUCAGUGCCCCUGUAUGUCCACUUCCAUCAACAGUGCAUGGAAACUCCCUUCAAACUUCACAAUGGUCAACCUAUAAUGACCCUCAUAAUCAUACAGGAACUGGGAGCAUGAGGCUGAAGGCAAAUGAUGAAAGAUUAACUUUUCAGGUUGCAUUGCAGGAUCUUGCUCAGCCAAUGUCAGAAGCUAGCCCACCUGAUGGUGUUUUGGCAGUUCCCCUCUUAAGGCAUCAGAGAAUUGCUUUGUCUUGGAUGGUGCAAAAAGAGACAGCUAGCUUACACUGCUCUGGAGGAAUCCUUGCUGAUGAUCAGGGAUUGGGAAAAACAAUAUCCACGAUUGCACUUAUACUUAAGGAGAGAUCUCCAGCCUCCAAAUUUGGUUCUGUGCCUAUGAAACAAGGGGAUUCAGAAGCAUUGAACUUGGACGAGGAUGAUGAUGGGGGUCCUAAGCUUGAUAGACUGAAGCAAGAUGGAGAACCUGGUUGUGGUACAGUGAAUAGGACAGUCAAGAGUGAGAAUUCUUAUGCGUUACUUAAGGGGAGGCCCUCUGCUGGAACACUGGUUGUAUGUCCUACAAGUGUCCUUAGACAGUGGGCUGAGGAACUGCAUAAUAAAGUCACAACCAAAGGUAAUCUUUCUAUUCUAGUAUACCAUGGAACCAAUAGAACAAAAGAUCCUUAUGAAGUGGCCAAGUAUGAUGUUGUGCUUACAACAUAUUCCAUUGUAAGCAUGGAGGUUCCAAAGCAGCCUCUUAUGGAUAAAGAUGAUGAUGAGAAAGGAAAUGAACCUCAUGGUAUGCCACAUAUGGGGCUGUCUAGUAGAAAGCGGAAAUAUCCUCCAAGUUCUGAUAAAAGAGGUCCGAAGCAUAAGAAAGGAGCUGAUGGUGAAUUUCUUGAAUCUGUUUCUCGCCCUCUUGCAAGGGUUGGAUGGUUUAGGGUAGUAUUGGAUGAAGCCCAGAGCAUUAAGAAUUACAGAACUCAAGUGGCAAGAGCUUGCUGGGGACUUCGAGCUAAAAGGAGGUGGUGCUUGUCAGGGACACCUAUCCAGAAUGCUGUUGAUGAUCUCUAUAGUUACUUCAGAUUCCUCAGAUAUGAUCCAUAUGCUGUCUAUAAAUCAUUUUGCUCAAUGAUAAAGGUACCAAUCACUAAGCAUCCAACAACUGGCUACAAGAAGCUACAAGCUGUCCUGAAAACAGUAAUGUUGCGUCGCACAAAAGGCACGUUUAUUGAUGGGCAACCAAUUAUUAACUUGCCUCCAAAAUCAAUCGAAUUAAAGAAGGUGGAUUUCUCCAAGGAGGAACGAGAAUUUUACUCCAGACUUGAGGCUGAUUCACGUGCACAAUUUGAGGUUUAUGCAGCUGCUGGGACCGUUAAACAGAAUUAUGUUAACAUUUUGUUGAUGCUCUUGCGUCUUCGUCAAGCUUGCGAUCACCCUCUUCUUGUUAAGGGAUAUGAUUCUAGUUCCAUUUGGAGAUCCUCUCUAGAGGUGGCAAAGAAACUUCCCAGGGAUAAGCAUAUGGAUCUUUUGAAUUGUUUGGAAGCUUGUUUGGCAAUUUGUGGCAUCUGCAAUGACCCACCUGAAGAUGCUGUUGUCUCGAUAUGUGGCCAUGUUUUCUGCAGUCAAUGUAUCUGUGAACACCUGACAGGUGAUGACAACCUGUGCCCUGCAGCACACUGCAAAGUCCAACUCAGUGUAACAUCUGUGUUUUCCAGAGCCACAUUAAGAAGUUCUCUCUCUGACAAUCUUGGUCAGGUUUCCCCUGAAAAUUCUGGACCUGAACCUGCUGAGAAACUUGAGCCAUCUUCAGAGGGCCUGUCUAAUUCUUCCAAAAUUAAAGCUGCUCUAGAGGUCCUACAAUCACUAGCAAAACCAUGGAAUUGUACCUCAAAAGAUAAAGUGUUGAAGUCAAGUAAUGUUGCCAGAAAUCCAGAAGAUUUACCCAAUUUUCAUUCAGGUGAUUCAUUUGAGGAUUUGCCUGAGAGAAGAAAUAUCGAUGUGGGGAAAGGUCAAAACAAUUCAGAUACGAAAGUAGCAGAAAAAGCAAUUGUCUUCUCCCAGUGGACGAGAAUGCUUGAUUUGCUUGAAGCUCAUCUUAAAAGUUCUUCCAUACAGUACAGGAGGCUUGAUGGGACGAUGUCUGUUGUUGCUAGAGAUAAAGCUGUGAAGGAUUUUAACUCCCUUCCAGAGGUGUCUGUCAUGAUCAUGUCUUUGAAAGCUGCGAGUCUUGGACUGAACAUGGUUGCUGCUUGUCAUGUUCUUCUUCUGGACCUAUGGUGGAAUCCUACAACAGAAGAUCAAGCAAUUGAUAGAGCACAUCGAAUUGGACAGACUCGUCCUGUUACAGUUUUGCGUUUGACUGUGAAAGACACAGUUGAAGAUCGCAUUUUAGCCCUUCAGCAAAAGAAGAGAGAGAUGGUAGCUUCUGCAUUUGGGGAGGAUGAGACUGGUAGUCGCCAGACUCGCCUUACGGUGGAUGACUUGAAAUACCUGUUUAUGGUGUGAUACUGAUUGAUUUUGUCAAAAUCUCGAUUUUGAAGAUAUUUGUUCACUAAUCUAUCUUUAGCUAGAGAAAUCCCUUGGGCAGUGGUUUCAGGAGGCAGUUCUGAGUCUUUGUAAAGAUGUUCCAGAGGAGUAGCCCAAGGUGAUUGAAACAGUUGCCUUUUUCUGGUGGAUUGAUGAGCUAACUAGGAUAGUCAUCUUAUGACAGUAAAGUUUAGGCAACAUUUCAGGAAGUAACAUAGAAAAUUGGUUGUUGACCAGCUGAUCUUGUGAAUAGAUUCAAAAACUCUGCAGUUUUUACAUUUUUUCCCCUUAGUUUUGUUCCCUUUGAAUCAGAUUAAAUUUAGUAUGGGAAUUUUUCUAUGGAAUUUAGGAUGGGAAUUUUUAUAUGUUGCACAGAAGGUAAAAUAUGAAAGUUCAUUACAAGAUUCUUUUCCAUGGUGUAAAUUGGAGUUUCUGGCCAGUUCUCUGAUACAAGAGGUUGGAUUUUGGAAAUAUCAUUGUAAUUAGUAUUUUUUGAUGGAUACCUUUCCAUUGUAAUAGAUGUUUUAUUUCCCCCUGUUUAAAUGUUGGGUCUAUUUCAUUUA